UGAGUGAGGGAGCGCCGCAGUGUAGGAGAGGCGGUGAGGGAGCGCAACGGGCUGGAAAUGACGCAGUGCGGCCACUGUUUACGCGGAAGUUUCAGGCCAAGUUUGAUGCCCGUCCGGUGCCCGUCAGGGGCAACAUGGAAUCUGGUUCAAUUGAAGAACGGGAAUGCUUGCUACCAAACCUAAAGCCACGGCACAGGGAACUUCUACCUACACCAUGUGGUCCAGUCAAGCAAUGUUCAGAGCUCUCCUGGUUAGAGAAGAUCUAUGUCUCUGCGGCAAUCCUGUCCCUCCUGACUGUGCUAGGUGCUAACAUUGCAAGCUUUGUACGUCAGAACAAAACUGAAACUACUGACUUAGACAAGGAAGACGUAGCCAUCUCGGUGAUACAGCUCAUUGGCAUAGUGUUCUGCAUUUACUACGUGUUACGUGGGGUUCUGCAGGAGAAUCAGCAGGAGCUGCUGGCGUUUAUUCUGUCCAUCUUGUUGCUUUUAGUCCGUUCUGUGGUGAACUUCAUCGCAGCUGAACCCAAGGAGAAGAAAGCCAUUGUGAUCCGGUUUGCGUGCAUUGUAGCGUUCGGAGUGUUCCUGAUGGCAGCGAGCCUCUCCUACCUGAUCAAGAGACCCAACUUCAUGGCGUUCCGCGUGGGCGGGGCCCUGGAGAGCUUCCAGUCCCACUACCUCACCCUGAACCUCUGCUUUUCUCUGGUGACCUUCGACCUUCAAGCUCAGCUCUGCCUGUGUGUUCUCCUGAUGGCAGGAGCCCCUCAGCUUUCCCUGCUGCAUGCCAUCAUCCUGGGAGUGGGCAUCUUCUGGGCACUCUUCAAAGCUGUAAUCGGCCUCGUAGCUAUCCUAAAGGAGAAGAAGCCUCUUGUGUGGAUGUUCUUGGUGCAGAACCUCCCAGAGCUGGUCUACCUGGGCUAUCUCAUCUACCUGAUUAGCAGAGUGUGGAUAUAUGAACGAACCUACGUUCUUGAAGCAGGCGCAGUAACGGGCAUCCUGAUCUCUCUCACCAUCAAGGUUGGCCUGUUGGUCUCCAUGGUCAGGAUCUCCCACUGCUUUGGUCAGGGUCUCCACGAGAGAAUGUUCGCUGUGCCUGGCACACGUCCCUAGGCCGAGACGUCUCCAAAGGUUCCUGACUCGUUUCCCAAGGACGCAACCUUGCCUGCACAUCCCUUCCACGCCUUGUGAAAUGUAUCAGAUCUGCACCAGGACCUGGGUGUGACAUGAUGAGCUGUGGGCUGUGGGCUGUGUACCCGUGUGGAGCAGCAGGACCAGACGGGAGAGCACAGCACCCACCAGCCACGUCACAGCUCCAUGACCGAGGCCAAGAGGACUGAACAUCCACGUCAAUGGUCGGUUUUAUACAGCGAUCACUCAGGGUGCUGAGUCAUUUAUUUUUAUAUCUCUAAUCUUUCUAAAAUAAUGUUUGGAACUAAGACUUUUAAAUAAUCUCACUGGUUAGUUGUGCCAACUGGGUUAUUACAGAAGAUGUGCUUUGUACAAACGGGCAGGUCGAUAUUUUCCUGGCUUUGACUCGCACUGUCUUGCACAAUGAUGCUUCUAGGAGUGGCAACUUCUGAUUGUUGACGCAGUUUGAAUCGGAAUAAAUCAGCGGUGGCCACUGACAUGCGCCAGGUCAAAUGAUGGAGCGUGGAACCAGGUUGACAUUCCAGGUCACAAACGCAACAAUUCCCGUGAAUUAUAAGUUGUACGGAAUAAAUACCCACCACAGUGGCCAUACCUUGCAGAGACGUCACAAUGCUGAGGAAGGGUCCCAACAGGAAAUGUCUCUAUUGCAUCUCCGUCCUCCACUUCCUUGCUGCACAAUGCAGUGUCCAGAUAUCUGGUUGGGGGUGGGGUGGGGUGGGAUGGCCAGUGACGUCUGAGAGUCGGGCAGUGGGAGGUAUGGUCUCAGCAGAAGGCUGUGCAACUACAAAUCCACUCUAUGAAGGCCAGUAGACCAUUCACCUUCACCCCCCCCCCCCCUACCGUGCCUGCAAACUGCCUCUUAUUGACUGAUCUUGUGCCCUUAUCCCUUUCCCAGUCAAUUCCCGUUAGAAUGGGAAGCUGGCUUCCUGGAAAAGUUACCUUCGUUCCUAUCGUGCUGCAUCUGCCCAUUCCCUCAACCUGUUCACAACUCCAAGGAGCAGAAUCAGGCCAUUCGGCCCAUAAAGUCUACUCCGCCAUUCAAUCAUGGCUGAUCUA